UAGUUGUGUUUAUAUAUAUAUUAAAUGACGUUGUUUGUAAAUAUUCUUGUCAUCCACAACAAUGCAAAAUGAACAAAAAAAAUCAUUUAGAUAACACACUUGAAUAUUUUUUUAAUCAAAUAAAUUUGUUUUAUCGACCAGAGUACAAUUAAUGAUAAAUAAAAUAAAACCAAUCAACUAGUACAUCAAGAAGCUAUCAUACAUUAUGUAAACAUUGAUAAAAUUGUAAAAAUAAAAUACAGUUUACUUGAAAAUACAUACGAAAUAAUUGUGCGUAUUAUAUUUGUUGAAUAAAAAAUUAAUCAUUAUUGUCUAAAUUACAAUUGAUUAUUAAUUUGUAAUAAAAUUAUUCAUUAAAAAUAAUAACCUAUAAUUUUGGAUAAUGUUUAAAUAUUAUUUAAAUAUAUAAAAACAAUAAAAAAUGGAAGAAAAUGAAAUUAUUAAAAAAUUACCAAAAUGGAGACAAUAUACAUUAAUGGAACUGCCAACUUUUUUAAUUCUCACUGCUUUGGCAUUGUCAGGAACAGUUGUAUCAGAUUUAAUUGUUUUUCAAACAUGUAGAAAAAUAUUGGGUGAAGCUAAAAACUAUAAGUGUGAAAUAUUACAUACAAAUUCUAGCAGUGAAGAGGCAAUUGAACUGGUACGAUUGGUACAACCUUUGGCUAGUUAUAUUCUCAUGUGGAAAGGUCUUGUUGAGGGUGUACUACCAGCUUUUUUAUCACUUUUUUUAGGACCCUGGAGUGAUAAAUACGGAAGAAAGCCACUUUUAAUUGCUGCCUAUACUGGAUCAUUUCUCAUGUAUGUACUCAUGACUAUAUUAUCAAAAUGGGAUGUUGAUCCAUGGAUAUUUUUAAUUGCAUUUAUACCAUCAUCAUUACUUGGUGGAGUUUGUGUAUUGAUGCUUGCAACAUUUUGUUAUUUAACUGAUAUUACAAAUAAUGAUACUAGAGCUUGGAGAUUAGCAUGGUUUGAAGCUUGUCUUUCAAUUGGUUUAGUGGUUGGAAUAUUUAUUGGACCAAUGAUAUUUAAAAUAUAUGGAUAUACAAAAUUAUUUAUUGUUUCUAGUACAUGCUCUGGUUGCUCACUUUUAUUUAUAAUAUUUUUUGUACCAGAAACAGUAUUUAUAAAUCGUGAAAAUCAAAAAUGGGGAAGUGUUUUUGAUUUUAAACUAGUCAAGGAAUUAAUUGAAACAUCAACAAAAGAAAAAGUUGGUUUAAAUCGUAAAAGUUUAUGGGGUUGUAUUAUAACAUUGGCUUUAUUAAUUGUCAUUUUAAAUGGUGAUAUAAGUGUUGGAUAUCUUUUUACAAGUGCUAGAUUAGGAUGGAAUACAAUUGAGUAUUCAAGAUUCAAGGGCUUAUCUAUUGCAAUAAGUAUUAUUGGUACAAUUAUUGGAGUUAGAUUAUUUGGUAGAACAUUUGGAUUUUCUGAUACAGCUUUAGCUAUGAUUGCUGCAGUGUCAUCAUUUACAGCAUCAAUGAUAACAGCAUUUACAUUAAAACCUUGGCAUAUGUAUACUGUACUAUUUGCUGGUUCAUUUGGUGGUGUAUUAUCACCAACAAUAAGAUCAGUAUUAUCCAAAUCUGUACCACCAGAAGAUGUUGGAAAAGUAUUUUCAUUAGCAACAUCUGUUGAAGCUAUUUUACCACUUAUUUGUGGACCAAUUUAUACACUUAUUUAUGCUAAAUAUUUACCACCAUUUUAUCCAUCACCAGUUUAUUUAUUAUCAUCAACAAUAUUAUUAUUUAUCAUUAUAAUUAUAUGUUAUAUUGAAAAAAGUAUUAAUAAAUCUUUGACAAUAUUUAUUCCACUUGGAAGUGAUGAACACAGUGUGUCUUAACAACAAAAGAAAAAAACAUUUUAAUAUUUUUAUAAUUGUGAUUAUAAUAUGUGCAAUAUUUUUAAAAAAUAUAACUUUUCAAUAAAAUAUAUAUUUUUUC